GUUCGCUUGGUUUUUAUCAAUCUGCCAGCCUUUGGCUGAUGGUCCAGUGGUCUUAUCUGGAUAUUGAUGAACCUGUAUUAUUAAUUCGUCAUCAUGAACUACUCCUACACGGCGCUUUCGCCUGCCCAUGGUGGUGCGGGAGGAUUCGGCGGCGUUGACUACCACAAUCGCUGCUGCGGAAACAGGACCUGGUGCGUCAAGGACAUUUGUGGCAUCGUGUGCGUGAUAAUGACAUGGCUUCUUAUUCUGUUCGCCGAGUUUGUAGUCAUGCGGCUCAUACUGCUACCCAGCAACUAUACAGUCUUUAGCACCAUUAACAUGGCUAUAUUCCAGGCAUUGGCCUUUUUGGCAUUUGCCUCCCACAUACGCACAAUGCUAUCGGACCCGGGCGCUGUGCCCCGUGGCAAUGCCACCAAGGAGAUGAUUGAGCAAAUGGGUUACCGGGAGGGCCAGAUGUUCUACAAGUGCCCAAAAUGCUGCAGCAUCAAACCGGACAGAGCUCAUCAUUGCUCUGUCUGUCAGCGAUGCAUCCGAAAGAUGGAUCACCACUGCCCGUGGGUCAAUAACUGUGUGGGCGAGAAUAACCAGAAGUACUUUGUGCUCUUUACCUUCUACAUUGCUUCGAUUUCUGUGCACACGCUCUUCCUGGUGCUUACCCAGUUUGCAGAGUGUGUGAAGAACGACUGGCGCACUUGCUCGCCGUACUCGCCGCCGGCCACAAUUUUUCUGCUGCUCUUUCUCACCUUUGAGGGUCUUAUGUUUGGAAUUUUCACCAUAAUAAUGCUGGCCACUCAGCUGACGGCAAUACUAAACGAUCAAACGGUGGGGAUUCGCUUUCUCUUAAGAGAAAUUUUUCAAUUUGCUCACCUUGCUCUUUUUGUUAAACAGGGAAUCGAACAGCUGAAGAAGGAGGAGGCCCGGUGGGCCAAGAAAUCUCGCCUCAAAAGUAUACAGUCUGUGUUUGGACGCUUCUCGCUUGCCUGGUUCUCGCCCUUCACGGAACCCUCCUGCCGGAAAAAGUUUAGCCCGCACUUCUACUCGGUCUGAGAUGGAAUCAGAACAUGGAUCCUAUCCGAAUGAACAAUACGAGGAAUCAAGACGUACAAGGGCAGCUAGCUGAAUUCAUCACUUGUUGCGCCCAUCUAUGUGCAAUAUUGUAUAUUGCAACCACUAUUUUUCGAUCAAAUGUCGACUAUAUUUACUAAUUCUACGUGUGUAUUUGUGUGUAAAUGUUAGGCCCUAAGGAUAAGAAUAAAAAAUAAAAGCCUUGGCCAGGUGAACAGUGGUACUUAAGAGAGCCGCACAAGGUA